CCUAAUCCCUUGAAAAAUAGUCUAAUCUUCAUGAUUAAUUACUACAAUUAAAUUAAAAAUCAAAGGAAGUGGUUAAUAUAUAUAUGUAAAGCAAAGUCCCUUUUUAAGGUAUCAUUAUUUCAAAAUAUGGGUGAAGGACUCAUGAGUCUUCAAAAGAUAGUAAAAAACCCUCCUUCAAAAGCAUUAGUCAUUAGAAUCAAUUUGGUUUUUCUUGCUUUUUUUCUUGUUGUCUAUGCUUCUCUUCUUCUCCGGCCAUCUUCUUCAGUAUAUUUUGAUAAUGCAGCCUCACUUGUUCGGUGCUCAUUGCGCGAGUGCCAUCACAAGAUGGAAAAUGGUGUUAAGAUGAAAGCAGUAUUGGAAGAGACUCCAUCCCACACACUAAAGCCAAGAGGAUUAAACAUUACCAAGAUUGAAGUACCAAGUUUCGUAAAUGAAAUAAUAGGCAAAGGAAUCAGAAUGAAGAAGAUUGGAAUGAUCAAUAUGGAAGAAAAUGAUGUGAGUGAUUGGAGAAAUAUCAAAGGACAGACAAUUAUACCAAUUCAUUUUGAAAAAGUAUCAGAAAAUUUCAAAUGGGAAGAUUUAUUUCCUGAAUGGAUUGAUGAAGAAGAAGAACUUGAAGGUACAUCUUGUCCUGAAAUACCAAUGCCAGAUUUUAGGGUUUAUGAUGAUAUGGACAUAAUAGUGGCUAACUUGCCAUGCAAGUAUCCUCAAAAAUUGUGGAACAGAGAGGUGUUUAGGCUUCAAGUUCAUCUUGCAGCAGCAAAUUUGGCGGUGAAAAGAGGGAGGAAGAAUAUUAAAUUAGUGUUUUGGAGUAAAUGCAGGCCAAUGCUUGAGCUAUUUAGAUGUGAUGACUUGAAAAAACAAGAAGGUGAUUGGUGGUUCUAUGAGCCAGAAAUGUCAAGGCUUCAACAAAAACUUUCAUUGCCUGUUGGUUCUUGCAAGCUUUCUUUGCCUUUAUGGGCACAAGGAAUUGACAAAAUCUUUGAUGUGUCAAAGAUUCAAUCUACAACAAAGACAACCAAACGACAAGCUUAUGUCACCGUCUUACAUUCCUCAGAAUCGUACGUUUGCGGAGCCAUAGGUCUGGCCCAAAGUCUUCGUCAAACAGACACUAAACGCGACCUAAUCAUUCUACUAGACAGCUCAAUCUCCGAACACAAACAGCAAGCUCUCGCUCAAGCCGGAUGGCAAAUUCGAAUCAUCAAGCGAAUCCGAAACCCUAGAGCCGAAAAAGAUUCAUAUAACGAAUAUAACUACAGCAAAUUCAGACUAUGGCAGCUCACAGAUUACGACAAACUCAUAUUCAUCGAUUCCGACAUUAUAGUUUUACGUAAUCUCGACAUAUUAUUUCACUUUCCUCAAAUGUCCGCCACAGGAAAUGAUAUAUGGAUCUUCAAUUCGGGUAUUAUGGUAAUCGAGCCGUCAAAAUGUACAUUUAAAUAUUUAAUGGACCGUCGUAAAGAUAUUAUUUCUUAUAACGGAGGUGAUCAAGGUUUUCUUAAUGAAGUAUUCGUAUGGUGGCAUAGACUACCAAGAAGAGUGAAUUUUUUGAAGAAUUUUUGGUCUAAUACGACGCUCGAGGCUAGCGUGAAGAACGAGCUAUUCGGAGCGGACCCGCCGAAGGUGUAUUCAAUACAUUACUUGGGGUUGAAGCCAUGGAAUUGCUACAGAGAUUAUGAUUGUAAUUGGAAUAUUGGGGAUCAAAGGGUUUAUGCGAGUGACGUGGCACAUAAAAGGUGGUGGAAAUUUCAUGAUGGGAUGGAUGAGAAGUUGCAGAAAUUUUGUGGGUUAAAUGAGCAGAGGAAAAUAGAAUUGGAUUGGGAUAGAAGAAUGGCUAGAUUGGCUGGUUUUGGUGAUGAACAUUGGAAGAUUAAUAUUACAGAUCCUAGACGAAAACAUUUGAUUCACUAGAAGAAUGUUGUUUCAGAUUACUUAAUUAGAAUUUGUUUUUGUAUCUAUCUUUUGUGUUUCUGUAGAAAGUUAUAUGGAAUGCUUCUCCAUAUAAGUUAUUUUAAGUAAUGGUAUUUUUAUGAGAGCUACAUGAUUUUUUUUCUUCCCAA